AUGACUAAGAAUGAUUAUAGAAGUAUACCUAAAUUUAUGAAAAUGAUACAUAAGGUAAAAACAAAUUAUAUGUCUAUACACAUUAUUCAUUUAAUUAUGAAUAUAAUUGUAUUGAAUUAUAUUGUUAUAUAUAUAUUUUUUUUAAAUAAAUACAAUAAUGAUAGUAAAAGAAAUAUUUUAGAUGAGGAUCAAAAUUAUUAUUUUCACGUUGAAGGUAAUAAGAUAGAGGAAAGGUUAAGAUACACAUUGAUUAUUAUAUAUAUAUUUUUUUGUUUAACUUUACAUGUAUUCAUUUGUAUUACACAAUAUUAUAAUAAUAAUAAGGGACUAUGUAAAAAUUUGAGUAAUAAGGAUAAUGUUAAUCAUGUAUAUUGUGAAAAUAAAAUAAAUAAGGAAAACAAAAAUAAAGAAAAUUGUAAACUUUAUGAGAAUAAGAAUACUUUAGGAAAUAAAAGAAAAAAUGGAUAUAUGAAUAAAAAUUAUAAACAAUUAAAAGAUAAAAAAAGAAAUGAGGAUAUAUAUAUAUCCAUAAAUUAUAUUUUUUUAUAUAUAUUGUUAGCUUUGAUAGGACUAAGUAAUUAUCACAUAAAGGAAUUUUUCUUUUAUUUUUAUUGUAUAUUAAUAAUAUGUGAAAUAAAUACUCCUAUAAUUAUAUUUAUGAAUUUAAUAAAGAUAAUAAAUAAAUAUUAUAAGAAAAAGUACUUGUUUAAAGAUUAUAACAGUAUUAAUAAUAUUAAGAAAAAUGAUUUAUAUAUUUUUUUUUGUUAUUUUGUUCUGUUAAGAUAUUUAAAAAAGUUUCAUAUUUAUCAAAAAUUUAAAAUAUCACAAAGUGAAAAAAAAAAAAAAAAUGUAAUAUCAACAUAUUAUGAAAAGGAAAAAAAAAUAGGAGGUCUAUUUUGUUUAUUUAAUUAUAUAAAAAAUAAGAAUAUAACUUACUACUAUACAUAUGUAUAUAAAAACACUAUUCAUUUAUUUUUAAAAAAAAAGCAAAUAAAUAAAUUUUGUGAAAUAAUAUAUUCAUUUUUUAUUAAAAAUGGUGGAAUCAUAUAUAGUCGAAUAAGAACGUUACUCACACAUGUAUUAAUCAUAUUAAGACAUAAGAUAGUUGAUGAAAAAAGUACAAAUCAUUAUAAUAAAAAAAUAUAUAUAACACAUGACAUUUCUGAAAUAGAAAAUACAAACAAAACCAUAACAAAUAAUGUGGGUAAAGAAAUUAAAAAAAAAGAACAAGAAAAUGAUAAAUAUUAUUAUAAUAAUUGUUUGACAAAAAAAAAUAUAUGUAAUGACAUACAUACAUAUUCAAAUAUAUUUACACUAGAGGGGAAAAAAAAAAAAGAUUCUCAUAAAGAAAAUUAUAACAAUGAAAUAAUAACCCAAAAAGAGUAUAACAAAAUAAGAAAAAAUUUUUAUAAAUAUAAAAAUUAUUAUGAAUAUUUUAAAAAAUACAAAGAUGACGAUACUUGUGAUAACUUAUCAUUAUAUGAAAAUGAAAUUCUAGACAAGAAUAAUUUUUAUUUUUUAUCCAAGAAAAAAAAAAAAGAAUUUCAAGUCAUCGAACAAGGAGAAAACAAAUUAUUUUUUAAUAAUAAGAAAACAAAUGGGCAAGAUAAUAACAUAUAUGAAAUGGAAGAAGAAAUAAAGAAUACUAAUAGAUAUAUACAUUCAAAUAAUAUCAAUAUAAAUAAAAUAUCUACAGAUACUUCUCUAUAUUGUCCUUCCUCUUCAACAGAACAAAUAAAUAAAUCACAAUAUCAUAAAACAAAUGAUGAUAAAAAUGAUAAAUCAUUUUUAUCUUACGAAAAAGAAGGACCAAUACAAUGCAGAAAAAAAAUUAAUGUAAUUAAAAAAAAAAAAAUAAAGAUAUAUUAUAAACACUACCAUCACGUUGAAGAUAUAAACAAAAAGGUAAUAAUAAUAAAUAAUAACAAUAAUAAUAAUAAUAUCAAUAAUAACAAUAAUAUCAAUAAUAACAAUAAUAACAAUAAUAACAAUAAUAACAAUAAUAACAAUAAUAACAAUAAUAACAAUAAUAACAAUAAUAACAAUAAUAACAAUUUCAUAUGCUUAGAAAAUAAUGUGAAAAUGUUUUUAUCAAAUUUUAAAAGGAAGAUGGAAAUUUACAAAUUUUUACAAAUGGUAUAUAAAGUUCUUCUCUUAUUAAACAUAUAUUUAAUAUUUUCUAUUAAAGGAAUACUAAUUUAUAUGAAUAUAUAUUAUUUUAUAUUCCAAAACACACAUUCUCUUUUUUCUUUUCAUAAAUGCUUUUUAAUUUUAUUGCAGUGUUGUUAUUUUUGUUUUUCCCGUCUAUAUGUAUAUGAAUAUAGAAAGUUGAAAAAAUGA